GCUCAAAACUCAAACUGAACUCAUAUCUCUGUUCAUUGUGGUUUCUGGUGCAGCUGGAUUCAGGCUACAGCGAAGUAAAAACUAAAAUGCAACAUCAAGCUUACCAACCUGUUUUGCCCUGUGUUAAUAAAUAUCUGCAAUACAGAUGGGACAAAAACUGCUAUGAGAUGCACAGGAACAAGGUUAAAUCCGCAAAAUCAACUAUCAACACUACUCCCCCGAAAACCUAUAACCAUCUACUUGUCAAGUUCAAGAAAAGUCAGCUUGAAGAAGAACGGGUUUCGAGAAUUGAAAGAGAAAAUCAGAUGCUUCUCGAUAAAAUGGCCCAUAUAAUGCAGACCAACGGCGGAGUUGACUGCAGAAAUGACUAUGUGAAGAAAAGUCUUGGCUCAGAAAAAAGACUGCGGGAGCUGUUUCACAUCACCAAAGAGAAUCAGCGUAUCCUUCAGCGUUUGUCCACAAGCAGGCCAUGUUACAGCGUUCAAGUGUGGCACGAGCAGUGGCUCAAAAACCUUGAGCUCAUGGAGAAUAUAGGGAGAUAUCCGCGGCUGUACAACGCACAGCUGACAGACACUGAAAGGGAGAGAACAAGAAAACUGCAAGAAAGAAUGAAUGGUGUAAGGAAUGAAAGGAAGGAAUAGAUGAGAAGACGAAAUAUACACAAGUUACAACUGAAGACGAGCGUAAUUACAGAUUACAAAAUGCAAAUCUAUAUUAUAAUCGUAAGUUAAUUUGUAAAGAUGUUUUCUAUAUGUCUAUAAGGCAAGAAUUAAAUGUUCUUUGCUUUGGACAAGUUAAAUUAUUUGGCUAACCAUUAGGCCUAACUGUCAAUGUUUUAACCAUAGACUGGAAAAAAUAUGUUUUGAUGUUUUUCUUUUUUUAUUUGAUAAUUUAUCCCCCCCCCCCUCCCCCCCAUACUGUUUCUGUGCGAUGUACAUAUAUCUAAAUAAAA